CCCGGAGUCAGGGCCUGAGACCACGUCUCCCGCUGCCUGCUGGCCUCGGCUGCCCGGGCCCUGAGACUGCCCUGCAGGAAAUAGGAGGAAAGAGAGGCCAUGUUACGUCUGGAACACUCUUGGAGCUGGCUGGCCCUCGCAGUCGCUGCGCUUCUGGGUCCGAAACCCUCAGCCUGCGGCCCUCCACCUGGUCCCCGGCCAAACAUCCUCCUUCUGAUGGCGGACGAUCUCGGCAUUGGAGACGUCGGUUGCUACGGCAACACCACCAUCAGGACUCCAAACAUCGACCGCCUUGCGGCGGAUGGCGUGAGGCUCACCCAGCAUCUGGCUGCUGCCCCUGUGUGCACGCCAAGUAGAGCGGCGUUUUUAACGGGCAGAUACCCCCUCCGAUCAGGUAUGGUUUCCAGUCAAGGCCUCCGUGUUCUUCAGUGGACAGCGGUCUCUGGAGGACUUCCGCCCAGUGAAAUAACUUUUGCAAAAAUACUGAAAGCUAAAGGCUAUACCACCGGACUCGUAGGAAAAUGGCAUUUGGGUCUCAGCUGCGCGUCUCCCGACGAUCACUGCCACCACCCGCUCAAUCACGGCUUCGACCAUUUCUACGGAAUGCCAUUCAGCAUGAUGGCAGACUGCGAGCGCUGGGGACUAUCCGAGAAGCGUGCGGUCCUGGAGCGUCGACUCGACGUCUGCUCCCAGCUCGUGGCCCUGGCCACCCUCACACUCACAAUCGGGAAACUCACCCGCCUGAUGCCGGCCGCCUCCUGGACGCUGCUCAUCUGGUCGACCGUCGCGUGCCUCGUGCUCUUCGCCACUUCCUCUUUGGUGGGCGCCCUGAUCGAGCACGCGGACUGCUUUCUGAUGCGGAAUCAUUCCAUCGCAGAGCAGCCCAUGCGCUCUCAGGAGACGAUGCCACUCAUGCUCCAGGAGGUCUCAUCCUUCGUCAAAAGAAACAAGCAAGGACCUUUCCUCCUCUUUGUGUCCUUUCUUCACGUCCACACCCCUCUUGUCACGACUGAGAACUUCCGUGGGAGGAGUCCCCACGGGCUUUAUGGGGACAACACCGAAGAGAUGGACUGGAUGGUGGGCCAGAUCCUUGAGACUUUGGACGCAGAAGGCUUGACCAACAGCACCCUUGUUUAUUUUACAUCGGAUCACGGCGGAUCCUUAGAGGCUCAGUUUGGAAACAACCAAUACGGUGGCUGGAAUGGGGUAUAUAAAGGCGGCAAAGGCAUGGGCGGCUGGGAAGGCGGGAUCCGGGUCCCGGGGAUAUUCCGGUGGCCCGGGGUCCUGCCGGCCGGCCGCGUGAUCCACGAGCCCACCAGCCUGAUGGACGUCUUCCCCACCAUGGUCCACCUUGCGGGCGGCCAGGUGCCCCAGGACAGGGUGGUGGACGGCCGGGACCUGCUGGCCCUGCUCCAGGGGACCGCGCGGCACUCAGACCACGAGUUCCUCAUGCACUACUGUGAGAGCUUUCUGCACGCCGCCCGGUGGCACCAACGCGACCGAGGCGCAGUGUGGAAAGUCCACUUCGCAACCCCCGUCUUCCAGCCGGAUGGCGCGGGCGCCUGCUAUGGGCAGGCAGUGUGCCCCUGCUCAGGAGACAGGGUGACCCACCACGUCCCACCGCUGCUGUUCGACCUGUCCCGAGACCCUUCCGAGGCCCACGCCCUCACGCCGGACACGGAGCCGUCGUUCCACCGGGUGGUGGAGACCGUGGCCCGGGCCGUGGCGGCCCAUCGCCGGACGCUGAGCCCCGUUCCGCUGCAGCUGGACACGGCGGACAACACGUGGAAACCGUGGCUACAGCCGUGCUGUGGGCGGUUUCCCUUCUGCUGGUGCGAUCGGGAUGCGGACUCACGAUAGGAGCCCAGCUGGGAAUACCCGCUCACUGGGGUCAAACAAAUUUAAAAC